GUGUGCCGCAGCGCAGCAGCAGAGCUAGCCAUUUGCAGCACGCAUCGCUGCCGCAUCACUGCUAUCGCAGCGCUGCACUGCACCUCUGCUGAACCGCUAGCGAGCUGAGAGCAUCGAUGCGCCUCCUCCGCCGCGCCGCAGCCGCUAUGUCUGCUGGGGUGGCACGCGCUCUGACUACGUCGCGCGUCACCGGGCUAGCUCCAGGACCGUACGCAGUUGGCGUGCGCACGAUUCAAUUGACAGACGAAUCAAGGCAAGAGGACGGCGCGCCGCGCAAGCUGCAGACCGAGGUCUGGUACCCAGCCGCGCAGACCGAUGCCAAGCCGAGCGCCUUCUCGGACUUCCUCUGCGGCGUUGCUGCUCCCCCCAAGGAAAUUAUACAAGCGGCCGAGAAGCCGGACGCCAUCGGCGGCUACGCCGACGGCCUCACCAUCGACAAAAUCGAUGCGGCCUGGCCCUGCGUCGCCGUACGAGGCGCCGAGAUAAAUAAAGAGGAAAGGUGGCCCGUCGUCGCGUUCUCGCACGGCUCCGGCGCCUAUAGGGCAUCGUACGCUUUUUGGACGGAACAUUUGGCGAGCCAUGGUUAUGUUGUUUGCGCCUGCGACCACCCGGGGAGCGCGCGCUUCACCGUGGUGGAUGGUCAAGUCAUCACGCCGGGCGGCGAGCGGUCGAAGCGGUCGAGGAUGGAGAGCGAUCGCGUCGCCGACGUCAAGGUCGUCCUCGACGGCGUCAUCGACGACUUAGGAGACGCCGUCGAUGCGGACAAGUGCGCCGUGACGGGCAUGUCCUUCGGCGGCUGGACGACGGCCGCCUACUGUGAGCGGAACGACCCGCGGAUCAAGGCUGCGGUCCUCAUGUGUCCUUCCCUAGCGAUGUCCGAUGCAGGCAAACUAUCCAAGGGCCACACUUCUACGGUACCUGCGUUGGUCAUGGUCGGCCGCGAGGACACGGUCAUCGGUGUCGAAGGCAACGCCGCGGCCCAGGACUACGCUACCCAACAUCAGGGCCCGGCGGCCUACCUCGAGAUCGUGAGGGGCGGCCACUGCUCGUUCACGUCCUGCGAUUUGUACAACGCCGCGUACGGCAACGGCAUCGGCCCCUCCAAGAGUCUGGACGGGGGCACCUACGAGCCUUUAGAUAUCGCGGAGCAGCACGCCGUCUGCAACGAGUACGGCCGCGCGUUCCUCGACGCGCACCUGAAAAAGAAGGGUGACGUGCCGAAGGAGAACCGCUUCGACGCGUCCGAGGUGGUAUGGGAAGCUUAUUAACAACA